CAAAAAACCGGGUCUCAACGUCAGACUUGUGAUCGUCACAGGCUACUGAAUGCUCGAUCAGAGAGAAGGCUGGCCAGGGUUGUGCAGCACAACAAGAGAGCAACAGUGCGACAAAUUGCAAGUGAUCUUAAUCAAGGAGCAACUGUGAACGUCUCUGUGCGGACUGCACUCACGGAAAUGCUCACGGUUUUGGCACCGCUUGGCAUUCUUGGCGAAAGCUUUUACGUCAAACCUGCUCUGUCGCCAAAUUGCUUUUGCGGUGCGUUUGUAAACAAGGGAAAGAAUUGCUAUCAUUUAAAUGUGCAAUGGCGACGACUACUUGUUUAUAUAAAUCGGAUGUUCUUGCAAAAUUGUUGGUGCAAUUCCCUACGACGAUUAUUGACGAAAAAAAAUCUACAGAUUCAGAAAUCGUAUUUAGAACGGCAAUUGAAAGAGAAGACGAAGUAGAAGAAUUUAAAACAUGUCUGUCUCAGGCAACAAACACGUGCUGGAAUGCCUACAGGGAACCUGCUACAAUUAAAAG